AAACACAUCUUUUAGAUAAUGGGUGAAUCAACAUUUUUGAACCUCUUGGCUUUCCAUAAAAUUACCUCCUUUCGCCUCAGGCGUAGUUUCCAGUCGGACAUAUUCAGGGAAACACAAUCAGAUCACGUGGAACAGUGAAGGGUCUUUCUCAGACGCUGUUGGAAAGAAAUGCCAAAGAAAAGCAAAGUGAAGAGUGUCAAGAGGCAGAGAACUGAUGAUGUCCAGGUCCCUCGUAAACAGAGCAAAGUAAUGCACCCCGAGACUCCAUCCCUUCUGUGCUUUCACAGCCCAGUCAGCUUAUUCAAGAGCCUCAUCCAGCCCAUGGAAACAGAGCAGUUCUUCAGGGAGCACUGGGAGAAGAAACCCCUCCAUUUGCAGAGGUCUGAUGCCAGCACAGCCUCUUACUACCAGUCUUUGUUCCAGCUGUCUGACCUGCAGAGCUUGUGUUCUCAAGGUCUGGAAUACUACAGGGACAUCAAUGUUGUUCGCUGUAUCAACGGCAAGAAAAAAAUACUCAACAAGAAGGGGCAAGUUAAGAACAGUGAUCUUGGGAAGAACUUGGUUCAGAAUAAGGCCACCAUCCAGUUCCACCAGCCACAGAGGUUCAAGGAUGAGCUAUGGAGUAUCCAGGAGAAACUGGAGUGUUUCUUUGGAGCCUUGGUAGGCUCUAAUGUCUAUAUCACACCACAGGAGUCCCAGGGCCUUCCGGUUCACUAUGAUGAUGUUGAGGUGUUUAUUCUGCAGCUUGAGGGACAGAAACGUUGGCUUCUGUACAGACCUACUGUUCCCUUGGCAACAGAGUACAGUGUGGAGUCACAGCAGAGGAUUGGCAGCCCAACUCAUGAUAUUGUACUGAAGGCAGGAGAUCUUCUCUAUUUUCCCAGAGGCACAAUCCAUCAAGCCAGCACUCCAGCAGGAGUGGACCACUCCACUCACCUGACUCUUAGCACCUACCAGAGAAUGUCAUGGGGAGAUCUGCUGUUAGACAUAUUCCCAAGCUUUCUGUGUGACAGCAGCAAGACUGAAGUCGGCCUGAGAGAGGGCAUGCCCAGAAAACUCUUACUGGGCAGCAGUGAAGGCUUGGAUGUCAGAAGGCAGCUGGCUGCUGGUCUUAGAUCUCUGGCUAAUAAAAUGGAAACAGGGAUGCAAGAAAUCCGCUCCACCCACCUGAAAAGAGACUUCAUCAUGAACAGACUUCCACCAUACAGCAAGCAGCAGCUGCUCACACCAUCUGGGAAGAUUCCUACCUUGGAGGAUAUGGUGUCUUUGAGGUUUAAGGAACAUAUGGUAAUAACAGUGGAGCCCAGCCAAGAGAGAACAUUAUGUGUGUGUGCUUUUCAGGAUGAGGCCACAGAGCUGGUAGUUUUUGUCUUGCAUUCUUUGAAGAACAAAAGGGAGAGCCACAUGAUGGGUGAAAGUUGUGAUGAAGAUGUGGAAUGGGACAUCUCCAGGGGCCUGCAGUUCCCUCUUUCCCACCUCCGGGCCCUACAGCAGCUCCAACAGGUAGAGCAGCUGGCUGUGGCCCAGCUCCAGCUGCCCACACAGGAGGACAAACUCAGUCUGGUCCUGGCUCUUUGGAGUGAAAGCCUGCUGAUUGUGCCAUAACACAGCACUACAUCAGAUAUCACUUAAGUGAAAUAUUAAAUUAUCUGAAUACUU